AAAGGAAUGGUAGCGAACUUUGCUGUCGUCUCUCCUUCACCAUUAGUAAGUAUCCCGGCGACGCGUCAGGAUGUUUGCAUUAUCGGAAGCAGCCAAUCAAACUACAUUUAUCGUCGGACCUACGUGAGAAGAUCACAAGAUGUCAAGCAACAUUAAUGGAACGCUAAACGACUUUGUGCUUGAACAUGGAGUCCUAUUUACAGAGAAUUACACUUUGGCAGAAUUCACCAAAAUUGCGAACGAAUACGACUUCAACCACAAACUUGAUAAAUGGAUGGAAUUUCUUUUCGUUUUACUGUUUGCCAUUAUUGUGUUAUUUGGGUUCUGUGGAAAUAUUUUGCUAGCGUACGUUAUCAUUUCAAAGUCCAAAUCAAAAUCCAGUCGCGGCAAGUUCGUCCUGAAUCUCGCAAUAUCCGACAUUCUCACAUGUCUCCUUUGUAUCCCGUUCACGACCGUUCGUCUUCUAUUGGUCCAAUGGACUCUUGGGGAGAUUCUCUGUAAACUGGUUCCCGUCCUCGAGGCGCUUUAUAUUUUUGUGUCAUCGUUGACUGUUUUAGCUAUUGCUAUCGACAGGUACCAAUCCAUUGUCAACUGGCCAAAAGUCAUACGCAACUCGAACACGAAAUAUGUCUUUCUGAUGAUGUGGAUGUUUUCCCUCGCCCUGGCUCUGCCAAUGUUUGUGUUCCAUCACGUGGAAACCGUGGAAGUGAUCCCAAGUCUGUUUUCCGUUUCUGUAUGUGUGGAGAAGUGGAGUUCAUACCUGUCACGUGGUAUCUACACGUUGGUGGUUCUGUUAUUUCACUUUGCACUUCCUAUACUGUCGAUAUCGAUGCUCCACGUUCUAAUUUGUAAGUUUAUCGGUUCUCAUUUUGGGUCCAAAUUACAUAGUGGGUCCAACAGAACCCGGCGGUACUUGGUAAGGCAAAAGAAGAACGUUGUUCUACUAACUGCAACCGCUCUGUCGUUCGCUCUGACGUGGUUGCCUUGGACGUGCAUCAAUUUAAUAGCAGACUUCAGCGUGGAAGGCUUCCGGGCUAUAAACAUAAGCCUCCUUACUGCCGCCUGCCAUUUGUUGGCUAUGAGCUCGGUGUGUGUCAAUCCUAUUGUAUAUGGAUGGUUCAAUUCUAUGUACAGACAGGAAAUUGAGUCAAUAUUUCGAAAAGUUUGUCUUGGACGAGGCCGUGGAAGUAAUCAAACGACAUCACCGGAAAAAACGAACAUUUAUCGGUACCAGAGAACCAGGACCCUGUCAUCUUAUGUGAGGCACGACUAGGAAUUACGUCAAUAAGGAAUCUGUGUAGUACGUUUCUAUUAGUAUCGUACGUUUGUGAAUCUAUUAAACUUAAUUUGUAUCUUUAUUGUUUCAUGAAUAACCAUGUGACUAAUAAAGAGCCAAUAAACUGAUGUAAAAA